UUGUGGUCGAAGAUAUGAGUAUGACUAUGUCGGUCGACAAAGAUAAGGCACACAGAAAUUGUUCGGUUUACAAUGAUUUGCUGGUUGUGGUUGCUCUUUCUGAAAAUAAAUAGAGCCACCGCGAAGAUCCAUGAUGACCUGUUGCUGAAAUUGAUCCAUUUUCGACGAUGUUGGACGCCAAAUACAAGAAAAAUCGGUGUUGUGCAUGUUUGUAGGCAAGGUCAACUACAAAGUGAAGAUCAAGUCUUGGGCUCAGAAGUAGUGCUCACGACCGUUGGCGGUCAUUUCUGGUAUUGUCUGAAUUUGAAUUUCGUAUAUAUACCUACAGCCACAGACUCUGACACCAGCUUGAACGACUGCUUGUUUUGAUACCGAGUUCGCUACAAGAAAUUUUCUUGUAGCGGUGUUUUGAUACUAAGAGGAUUCGACUGCUUGUUUUUGAUUCGACUGCUUGUUUUGAUACUAACUGCUUGUUUUUGAUUCGAAUACUUGUAGCGGUUUUUCGAUUCGACUGCUUGUUUUGUUAAAUUCCCUUCUAAUAUCGAAACACUUUUUCUUUUUCUACUUUUAUGUGCUUUCGCAUUCGCGAAAUUACAAAAGCAUCGAUUCUACCUGUUGAACUCUUCUUCCUCCACAAUUACCAUUCCGAAUAAAAGUUGAUUCGAAAGCGAAAGACAUCAUCUUUCCUUUUCCACGAACGAUUCCAAGUGAUUUAAGAAAAAACGGUCUACACCAUCUUUGCCAUAAAAUACAUCAAAAUUUCCGCAUUAAGAUAGACAGAGCGUCUCCGACGUCCACCCAGAAAAAAUAACUUGACUAUCCUCGCGUCAAAUCCUAUAUAUUGCAGCCGAAAACAAUUGCCGUCACAAUGGAACAAAGUCGUCAGGAGCAGGUUGUUUUGUUGCCGAGUGGCACUCCAGCUUCGUCGAGUGGCACUCCUUUUCGUCGGCAGUUGGACCAGCAUCAGAACAACAGCAAGCCACUCCCCGCCGGGAUGAAUGGAAGCACCACAAGCGCAGGACCUCCACAGAUGUCUCACUUUAAGCUUUUGUGGAACAAAAACGUCGAUGUCCAUUGGCGGAACAAGAGCUGGAUGCAGUUCGCCUGCGCGUUCAUCCUGGUGCUUUUUUUCGGCGGGGUCUCGCGGUUUAGCUCGUUGCUGAACCGCCCCAUCACCGGCAGUGACGAGUACGACAUCUGGCGCGCGGCCGUCUAUGGCCCUGGCACGGAGAAAAUCGGCACCGAGGGUGGCGGCGCCAUUCUGUUCUUCGGCCCGCUCGGUGAGGGGAUCUCGUUAUGGGCGGGCGUGUUCAUCCCACUGUCUAUCGUGUAUCGGAUUUUCGGCAGCCAGAUUUUUAUCGAGAAGGAAACGCAGCUGAUGGAAAUGCAGUUUGUGUACGGCCUGUCGAAGGUCAAGUACUGGCUGUCCAACCUGCUCUUUUUCGGCGUCGUGCUCGGCGGCGCGUUUUUACUCGCCCAGGUCAUUUUGGUGGUCUUCGAAUCCAUAUGGAUUGCAAAUAUGUCUGGGUCUGGAAGAACCAAACUUGUGAUGCUGCAUAUGGAUGCUAAAAAAAUCUGUAUUGCAUCAGCAGCAAGAGGAGUCAAAUUUGGCUACGCGGAGAGGGCAUUUGUCAUGCAGGAUGCGCAUCGAUAGGCGCUCAAAAAAUCUGUGAUGCUACGGCAUACAUCGCAGACAUCAUGGAUUAUGGAAAAUGUGCAUGACAAACUUCUCCUCUUCCAGACCCAGACAUUUUUACAUUUGAUAAUCAAAGUGGGUCAGCGGCGCCGUGACGCGGGACUGGACGAGCGGGGAGAUCUUUAUGGCGCUCUCAAACGUUACACUCUCAACUGUUACACGAAUCUGUGAUGCAAGAACAGCAAAAGUGAAAGCGGGAAGAUUGCGCGUUUCGCAUUACAAAUUUGGGACGGAGUGUGAUGCUGUUUAGCCCUUCGAAAAUUUGUCAUGCUGAGCACCUUGAUCAAGUGGAGGCAGGCUCAGGCUGAUGGCAAUUUUGCAUGACAAAUCAUGUAACAGUUGAGAAUGUAACAUUUGGGAGCUCCAUAGUCUUUUCUCUAGGUUUGUUCCUCGCGCCCGUGUUCCCGGUGGUUGCGGCGCUCGCGUUAGGCUCGACGUUCGCGGUGGUUUAUCAGCAGAAAGAGAAGUUCGAAAGCUUCCUCAACGCGAUGGGGCUGGGGGGCUCGCUGAUCGCCCUUGCCUUGUUGCUAGGCGUGGAGUUUAUCGCGCCAACGAAGACGAGCUGGAUCCGGGUGGGGAGUAGUGCGUUGUUCAGUGACGACGUCAGCGAUUGUCCGGACACGAGCUUGACCUGGCUGAACAAUGUUUUCUCUCUGCUCUUCGGCAUCUUACUCCCCGGCUACUCGUUCGCAAAAAUCAACUACCGCGGGAUGACCAUGCGGUACGUGUACCUCGGCAUGAAGAUCCAGUACCCGAACGGGCUGCCGCCCACCGGCCUGCCCGGCUACGCCGGCUGGGGCUGCGCGCUCCGCAAUGACCCACGUCCGCCGGGGGUGCCGCCCGUGGGAACGACCCCACUCAGUGUAGACGAGACGGCAGGGGGGUCGCUGACGUUUGGCAUUGUGCCGGAACCCGUGAAGAAAGCGUUGGAGGAUGAACUGAACAACGACGCGGGCAUGAGCUUCUUGGCGAAGCACUUGUCGUUUGGAGAUAUCACCUUGCCGAUUUUGAUCGACUACGUCGCACUAAUCCUGAACGUCGUCUUCUGGCUGGGGGCUCUGUACCGCUGCGAAAAGCGACGCCACCAAGCGGAGCAGGGAGAGGUAGCAGCUGAAGAUGAUUAUAAUGCUGUGUCCUCGGAGAUGGUGCACCACCGGCGUAGUGGCGCAGCUUCGGCAGUGCAGCUGGCUCGAGCUGGGACCACGAACGACAAGCCGGCGCUGGUGUUACAAAACCUGAGCAAAUCUUUCAAAGUCCCCCACGGCACUAUCACUGCGAACAAGGACCUCAGUUUCGAAAUCCAGCGCGGGGAAAUUUUUGGACUUCUCGGCCACAACGGCGCGGGGAAGACGACUCUGAUUUCGCAGAUUACCGGCAUGAUCCCCUGCACGAGCGGCAACGCCUUCGUGAACGGGUACUCCAUUCGGGACAACGACGAGAUCGGGCAAGUCAGGCAGAACAUCGCUUUGUGUCCGCAGGCGAAUCCGAUGUGGGAGAACUACACCAUGCGGCAGCACAUCCAGUUUUUCGCCCGGCUGAAGCAGAUCCCGGAGGAGGAAGUGGAGGCGACCAUUCUUAAGUACGCGAGGCUGUUGAACGUCGAGCAUAAACUCGACACGAUCUGUGAGAAGCUGUCCGGCGGCCAGAAGCGGCGUUUGUGGGUGAUCUGUGCGUUGCUCGGAAGUGCGCCCGUCGUCAUCCUGGACGAGCCGACAUCGGGGAUGGAUCCGCAAGCGAGACGGGAUUUCUGGGCGUUUCUGAAGAAGCUCGUGAAGGAGGAGAAGCGGUCGAUUUUGUUCUCCACCCACUAUCUGGAGGAGGCGGACCUGCUCGCGGAUCGCAAGAUCAUCAUUGCCAUGGGCAAAAAAGCGGCCAUCGGGACGAGCCAGGAACUGAAGCGGCAGUUUGGCGAGGGGUUCUGGAUUCAAGCGACGGUGGACAAAUCGAAGUGCCUGGACAAGAACGAAGCCAGGGAAAUCUUGCACGUGCAGCUGAAGGAAGUAGUCAGAAGUAGCUUGAAUACAACAAACUUUAUCAAGACCAAGAAUCCCAAAGUCUCCGAGUACUUCCUCGCGUUCUGCAUCCCGUGGGAGGAAAUCGAGAAGCUGGGCGACAUCCUGGACCGGUUGAGCGAGUAUUGUGACAGCAAGGAAUCGCUGAAAUCGAAGAACAUCGAGUUUACGGUGGAACAGACCACUUUAGAGGAGGUGUUUAGCAUUGCGGGCGAGCGGGCGGAACUGGAAAAGCUGAGGGAAGAGCAAGAUGAUGAGGAACAGGUAGAACAGACCAUGUUGGAGAAGAAGCAACAGGAACAGAGGGACCAGCAGCUGUCCCGCAUGCCGUUGCGGAAGCGCGAAACUUCCUUCUUCUCCUCCGCCGCCGCGGUUCUGCGGUUCCGCCUCACCGGGCAGAACUUUUUGCGGCCGGGGAGCUACAUCUCGAUGCUGAUUCUGUUCGGUAUUUUCAUCGCGGUGUCCGUGCUCGUGGAACACUCCCAGGGCACCGAAAACCCGGGGUUGUGGGCGAACCUGUUCGCGACGUCGCUGAAUGGCUUGUUUCUCGGCAUGUUGCCCUUCCAGCUGCUCGGGCUGAACAUCAUCCGGAACCACUACGACAAGGAACGGUCUCACGGCCUGCUCCGUCACCUGACGAUGCACGGGGUCAGCCGCAGCAGUUUCCACUCCGGCAGCUUCCUCUCCUGGUUUUUGUUUCCCACCGGUCUGGGGUGGCUGCUGUUCACGAUCAUCCUCAUGGUCUACUUCAGCAAGGUGCUCGCGUCCACCUGGACCAUCGCGUUAGUGUUUUUUGUAUUGUACGCGGUUAUCACCGCCUCCUCCAACAUUCUGUAUCCCAUGUGGAUCGGGGUCGCGCUACCGGGGAAGUACUGGUUCGUGGUCCUGAUUAUGCUGGGUUGGCUAAUCGGGCUGCUGCCCGCGAUGCUAGCAGGCGCGCUUUUCAACGCGGGUGACGUGUCCCCGACCUGCCAGAACGUCGGCCUCGUGGUGUCCGCGUUCGCGCAAGCCCCGGGCAACGCGCUGAACUUCCAGAUUCCGGUCUGGUGGUCGGUCAUGUGGUUUUUCCUCGGUCUCCCCUUCCCCGCGGUCGGCAGCGCCAACGCGUUUGCCGGGUUGUACAAGCUGUGGGCGUUCGACAAGGCGGUGACCAGCUUCUCUUGGAUCGCGAACUACCAAAAUUGGCCAACACUCGUAAACGAGUUCGGGUUGAACCCCCUCGACCCGUCCACCUGGCCGGUCCGGGUCGAUCCGCAGGGGCAGGUGGUCAGCUUCAACAACGAGUUAAUGUCGAAGAUCUACUACGAAACCUCCGCCUCCCAGUCGCUCUCCUACUACCUGUUCGGAACCGACUUGGAGGUGCCGUCGUUCAUCCCGGGCACGGACAACCCCGUGCAGCCGCUCGCGAACCGCCUCGUGGACGAGUUUAUGGGGCAAUUUCGGGCCAACACCGAGUGCGGGCAAUCGGGUUUGACGCAGGCGGCGUUCUUGCAGGUGUUGAUGCCGGUCUGGUCGUUUUUCCUGGUCGUACUAUUCUUCGUUCUCCACCAUACGUGCUGCUUGCGGCGGAAAAUGCGCAAGAAUUACGGAGCCCGCCGGAACGUCGGGGCAAACGGAGACGUCGACUUGCCGAGAAAGGAACCGGCGGAGGAGCGGGACUUGGACGUGGUAGCCGAGGAAAACCGGGAACGCAGCGUGAACCCGCCCGACACCAUCGACAUUCGGGACGUCUACAAACACUUUAAGAACCCCGGGAGCGACGAGCCAAACUGGGCCACGAAGGGGGUCACGCUCGGUAUCAUCAUACAAAGCAUUUGGUUGUUGCAUAAGGGAAAUUUUUGCGUUCUAGUAAAUCCCUACUGACCACUUUUGCAAAGUUGACGGCCAGAGAGGGUUCGUGAUUUAAUUCUCCCUGUGUUCGAUAAAAUGAGAAAUUCGCUUCUACUCGCCCCAUAGAUACAUUGAACUUUGUUUAUGCAAGUUUCACCACCCAAAACAACAACAGGCAUCCCUGCCGGCGAGUGUUUUGGUCUGCUGGGACCGAACGGUGCGGGGAAAACCACGCUGUUCAACCUGAUGAGCGGUAGCGACGAGAUUGGCGGCCCGGACGCGGGCGCGAUUUUCAUUCAGGGCAAAGAGGCCCUGGACGACUACUUUAUGGAUUGCAAAAGUAUCGUACUCGUAUAAAUGCAUUACAAAUUUCCUCAGCAUGAGAAAUAAAAUCUGUAAUGCUGAUUUGCCUUAAGAACAAGAUUUGCAAUGCAUGACUGCAAUACGAGUACGAUACUUUUGCACAGGAUAAUCUUCGAAUCGAGCCGCAAAAUCAUGGGUUUGGCCCCGCAAUUUGACAAGUUGUGGCCGGACAUCAGCGGGCGGAGACAUCUGCGCUUGUUUGCGAAGUGCUGCGGAACCUACUACCCGCCGAAAGGCAUGAAUAAAACAGCAGGAGGAGCACUGGGUGGAGGUGGACGACAAUCCGCUGAUGAGCUCGACCCCGAGUCCCAACGGCUGUUAAGUGACAAUGAAAAAUUGUACUUCGACUACGGGGAAGAACGGAUUUCCCGCUUUCUCCGCGAAGUCUCGCUUUCCGAGAAGGAUGCCGACCGGAAGGUGCUCGAGUAUUCUGGCGGAAUGAAACGCAAACUGUCGGUGGCGUUGACUUUGAUCACUGACCCGGAGCUGGUGUAUUUGGACGAGAUGUCGGCGGGGGUCGAUAUCGUCGCGCAAAGAUCUUUGUGGAACAAAAUCUUGCAUCGCCCGGAGGGGCAGACGAUCAUCACCACGACGCACUCCAUGGCCGAAGCGGACGCGGUGUCGGACAGGGUGGGCGUUUUGGUCGCUGGACGAUUGAAAUGUUUGGGCGAAACCUCGCACAUCAAGGACGUGUACGGGAGCGGCUACCAUCUGGAACUCACCUGCGACUUGUCGAAGCAAGAUGAUAAAUUUGUUCCUCAAACUAUCACCGUUCAAAACGUGGAGGAGAUCGUGAUCGCUUCUCUUCUGCACCACCUGAAAAUCGGUGAUGACGUGACGAUUGCCACCGCGAAGAAAAAGAUCACCAACAGCUUUCAGCUGCAGCGCACAAAAAGCAGCCUUUUGGAGAGUGGCAUGAUCGAGGAGGAAAAUAUCAAGAAUAAUAGCGACGAAACGACUGCUCAGGAGCCCAAGCCUUUCGAACUGCUCGAGAAGAUCGUGUUCUCGGAGCACAAGGUCCGCCUCAUCCUGGCCUUCAAGAAGCAGAACAACAGUGCAACUGAUAAUGAUAAACCGCUGCAAAAGAUCAUGAAGCGAAAUAUCAAGAUUUCCGAGGUGUUCCGCUGGGUAAUCAAGGACGAAUUGAAGAUUAUCGAAGACUAUGGUCUCGGGGAGCCGUAUGGAUGUGUCAGGAUUGAAAUCGUCAAAGUUGAAAUGACUUGCCAUGCAUAAAAUGCAAGGCAUGAAGUGCCUGUCUUGCCGGGAUGGCAAGUGAGGCAGAUUGUGAGCCUAUUUAGGGUUUGGGAUAGAGCUGCCAAAGGAGCAUGACAAAAGCAGUCUUCUGUGCCCAAGCAGCAUGACAAAUUGGAUUCCGGUGCUCCGAAAAUUUGUCAUGCGCCGCUUGGAAAUUGGUCUUCCAACUGGUAUCCAUUUCAUGCAUGACAAACCAUUUCAACGCAUGUCGAUUUCAAACCUGACGCCUCCAUAAGCCGAGUCUGGAGCAAGUCUUCCUUAGGUUCGCCAAAGUACAGGAAGAGAUGGACGCGGAGAAAGAGUUGUUGGCGAACUUCGAAGGGACGCUGUAUUACAACCCGUUUACGGAGAAGUAUGGGAUGGAACGAGUCGUGUUUGACCAGAAGAAGAACGAAUGGUACGACAUCGAAGCGAGGCAGUACUACGACCAGGACGCCCAGGCGUGGUACGAGCCGCUUUUUUCCAAAAGUCCCCAGUAGUUGUGGGGGGAUGAAGAUUUCUGAGUGCUGACUAAGUGGUCUACUCGGCAAGUGGAAAAAGCUUUUAUAAUCGAGGGAAACCCGAAACAAGAUGAAGGAAGAGAACUUUGAAGGGAGUCGACGACGAUUUUGCCGCCGUUAACCGCUUGAAGCGGUGUUGGCUAAGCCAAGCGGGGGCAUUUUCUUCCCAAGUAGAAUUAGAUGGCAAAAGUGGUUUAAGUUAACUUUUAACUCAUGAAAAUCUGCCACUGGAUCUCUUCAGAAUCUUCUAAAACUGAAAACUGGUAGUGGAUUCACGAUUGUUGUAGUGAAACAACAAGAAUGAAUGCACUUCCACUUUAAUUUGUCAUCGCCUGGAGUUCAAGUUCGCACACGAACUUUUAUUUUUGAUGUUCUGGCUCAGGAAAGGAAUGACAUUAGGAUGAGCUGGCUCCGCUUUUGCAAGCGGGUGCUAUCCACUUCAUCUUCAACACAAAUAAGCAGAAGUCGUCGACAUUGUGCGCAACACUUCUUCUACAUAGUACGUGAUAGUAUCUGUGUUUUGAUUGAUCAUAUCAAAAGUCCGAGCGAGCUGUAGUUUGAUUUUGAUGCCAGUGAAGAAAGCAUCAAGAUUACGGAAUCCGCUGCUACAGCUUGAUUAUUUUUUGGUUGAGUACCAGUCCCCUGUGUAAGUAAGUAAGUAAGUAUGCGAUCACAGUAGUUGCAAUACGCUUUUUAUGCAGUAUGAUCAUGACGAGCCUAUGCAUUUUGCUUUUGGUGUGGUAGAGUGCAGCGGUGGUCAUCCAGUACAAAAACCGUUCUAAUAAUCCAUUCCUCGCUAGGAUCUGAAAGGAGUAGACAUCGAAGUAAAGCAAGCACAUGAUGCAGCUUUUCAGGUCCUAGCGAAGGAAAUUGUUUUGGAGGAUCAUGGAAAGUAAAAAAGACCUGCAUUAGCUUGCACUUAAUGUGGUCGUGUUUUUCCGCCGGAAAGGAAAGUUGUG